CAAAAAUUGUCAUUCAAUAACAAAACACGAAAAUUCUCGAAAGAUUUAGUUUUUUUUGUGAAAAAUUACGCAUCAAAAAUAAUUUCUAUCAAAUCGAAAGUAAAUCUCUCAAGUCAAACAGCAGAAAAGGAAUCAAACGAACACAAAUAAAGCGAAAUUCAUCGUGAAAAGUAAAUUUCAACGAAUUGCAUCAUAAUUUUCACGCAAAGAUGUUAUCCAGAUUGAUGUGCACAAAGCCCUUGAUUUCACAAUCGCUCGUGAAAUCAUCUUUGGCGCAAUAUGGACGAACAAUUGGCAUUCGUCAGCUGCAACGAGACACGCGUGAAGCCUUUGGCGGAAGAAUUCGUCAACGUGCUCCUACUUUGAAGGAACGCGCAAUGGCUCCUCCGAGUGCAAAUGCUUACGGAAUCGGAAAAGGAGCUCUUGCAGGGGGCGCUGCUAUUGGACUUGGCGCUUUAUGCUUUUACGGAGCUGGAUUGGGACAAGGAACAAACACAUUACAAAACUCUCAUUUGUGGCCCGAAUACGUUAAGCAACGCAUUCAAAGCACUUACAUGUACUUUGGAGCAUCUUGUGCAUUAUCAGCAGGUGCUGCAUUCGCAGUUUUUCGUACGCCAGCCCUUCUUAAUCUCGUCGCACGCAACGGAUGGGUUUCAAUUCUCGCGACAUUCGCUGCGAUGAUCGGAUCUGGCAUGGUUGCUCAAUCGAUUCCCUAUUCUCCCGGAUUUGGCGCGAAACAAGCAGCAUGGAUGGUGCAUUGUGGCAUUCUUGGGGCCGUUAUUGCUCCUCUUUGCUUCGUUGGAGGCCCAAUUAUGACACGUGCAGCAAUGUAUACUGCUGGCGUCGUUGGCGGAUUAUCGACAGUCGCUGUGUGUGCUCCAAGCGAUAAGUUUUUGUACAUGGGAGGACCUUUGGCUAUCGGAUUGGGCGUUGUGUUUGCUUCAUCUCUCGCAGGCAUGUGGUUACCCCCAACAACGGCACUUGGCGCGGGACUUUAUUCGAUGUCAUUGUACGGCGGAUUGUUACUUUUCAGCGGAUUCAUGUUGUAUGACACCCAAAAAAUCAUCAAACGAGCUGAAAUGCAUCCAUUGUACGCUGAGAGACCCUUUGAUCCUAUUAACAAUGCAAUUUCGAUCUACAUGGAUACAUUAAACAUCUUCAUUAGAAUUGUCUCAAUAUUGGCAGGCGGAGGCGGCAUGCGUAAAAAGUAAAUCUUCGUUAAUCAUCAACUGUAGAUUAGAAAAUUUAGUUUUUUAUUUACCUUAUUUAACUGCAACUCGUCCCGAACAUGAAUUUUUCUUCUUUUUCAGAGAAAAAUAAGCAAAAAAAUGUAAAAAAUAUUCAAGAUUCAAAUUUAAAUGAAGCUUUUGUGAUCAAAUUUGUCUGAAAUAGAAAACAAUAAAGAACUUAGACACUUAA